CUCACACUUUCUGAUUUCUAAUAGUCUGAUAAUUACAAAUGGCCCCAAAGACCAAGGAGGAGAAGCCCGCAUCGGAGGCUGUCGAGCCCAAGGCCGAGGCUAAGCCCAAGGCUGAGAAGGCUCCCAAGAAGAAGGAGAAGAAGGCGCCGGCUAAGAAGUCCGCUAAGGAGCCCGCUGCCGGCGAUGCCGCUGAGGGGGACAAGAAGAAGAAGAAGGCCAAGGUCGCCAAGAGCGAGACCUACAAGCUUUACAUCUACAAGGUGUUGAAGCAGGUGCACCCCGAUACCGGCAUCAGCUCAAAGGCCAUGUCGAUUAUGAACAGCUUCAUCAACGACAUCUUUGAGAAGGUUGCCACCGAGGCCUCCAAGCUGAGCCGCUACAACAAGAAGCCCACCGUGACGUCGCGCGAAAUCCAGACUGCCGUGCGCCUGGUUCUGCCGGGCGAGCUGGCCAAGCACGCCGUGUCCGAGGGCACCAAGGCUGUCACCAAGUUCACGUCGGCCUAAUCGGAUCCUCCCUUUGCUCUACCUCCGAACCUAUAAAAAAAUCUCGGUGUUUUUCAACACCAC